CUGUCUGCACCAUGGAAGUGCCAACUAAAUGGAGCAGGCAUAGUGUCAUUAGCUUCAUCAAGGGCCUUGCCUCUCCAGUGGGACUGAAGCCACCCCUCCCGCCCGUCAGUGGAACCUUGGGAGAGAGGAAGGGUCCUGUCAUCAUGGCGCCUGUCAACGUGGACCCCGAGAGUAAGCCGGGCGAGUUUGUCCUAAAAAGCUUGUUUGCCAACUUCACCUUGCUCUCUGAACGCAAGAUUCGCAUCAUCAUGGCCGAACCCCUGGUUACAGCAUCAUUUAGGAAUACAUUUCUGAACUAUAUCUGA